CCCGGUGCAGCUGCUUCCGGGCUCUGCGGCUCCGCGAGGCCGCGGCCCCGACGCUGGGCCCGGGAGGGGCUGCAGCCUGGACGUGUGGCUACCCAGGCAGGCCCGCGCUUUGCCUCGCAACCGGGAUCUCCGAGGACAUCUCCGGCCUGACCUUGAGGAGACCGAGUCUCAACUGCGUGCUCAGGGGCCGGUGGGCCACUUUAUAAGAUUCACAGUCCUCUGAAUCAAGGGACUAACGUUGCAGGCGGGAGUUUGCCGGAUACCUCUACCCACACCUAAUAGGAGACUUCUUCCUGUGCUGCCUUAGGGCCGCAGUUCAGGACUCUCCCGCUCCGGAGCACCUAGGAUCCGGGGCCACCUUCCUUCCUUCCUUCUUGGAUGGAGCACCACCUCCCCAGUUUCUGGGGCACCUUGGGGCGUGGCCUUGGUGAGUGAAACUUGGGGUGCUGCCUGCCGGGAAAGAAACCUGGAAAACAGGGAGGACACUGUGAGGGUGAUCCAGGCUUUGUCAGAUCCUGAGACUUUUGGAAUCUUGUGUGGGGUGGCGGUGGCGGUGGUGAAUGAAUUUGAAUUUACCUCAAAACUGAAAAGGAAACAAGCUGCCUGCCACACUUGAGGCGGUAUGACCAUCCAGGGAAGUCGGGAACCACUUCUGAAUUCAGAGUAGGACUCACCAGCAGAUACCUGUUCUUCUGAGCCUGAACAGACUUUGCCUUCCGAGGAAACCCUCAGCCCCCAAACCUGAGAGUCUAAGCAGUGCCAGGAAGCAGCCCCAGAAUUUGGGGGCUCAUUACACACCCCAACCAUGUUCCUGAGACGGCUUGGUGGGUGGCUACCUCGUAGCCCCUGGGGCCGCCGGAAACCAACGAGGCCUGACCUGCCGGCCCCAGAACCCAGACGGAUGGACAGCUCCUCUGAGACUUCAGGGAGUGACUGGGACAGUGCCCCAGAAACCAUGGGAGAUCCGGGGCCUCCCAAGAUCAAGGACUCAGGUGCACAGAGGAGCUCUGGGGCCACUCCAGAACCAAGCAGGGAGUCCCAAGUUGAGCAACUGGGGUGCAAAAGAAUGGAUUCUCUCAAGUGGAACAAGACUGUCUCUAGCACUCAAGAGUCUGGGAGAUCGGAGGCUGGAGAGACCAUUCCCAAACUAGGAUGGGAUCCUGUGGACUCAGGUGGCACCAGGAAACCUGGAGUGUCCCCUGAAGAGGGACUGAGCCCUCCUGGGCCUGAAGCCCCAGUGGAGAAGCCUGGCCGGCGUCAGAAGCUGCUGGGCUGGCUGCGGGGGGAAACAGGUGGGGGAGCAGGGGCUCCCUACCAGUACCUGGGGGGCCCAGAAGAGUGUCUGCAGAUCUCCACCAACCUGACCCUGCACCUGCUGGAGCUCCUGGCCUCAGCCCUGCUGGGGCUGUGCUCAAGGCCCUUGCGGGCAGCCUUGGACGCGUUGGGCCUGCGUGGACCGCUGGGCCUCUGGCUGCAUGGGCUACUGUCCUUCCUGGCUGCCCUGCACGGGCUCCAUGCCGUGCUGAGCCUACUUACUGCUCACCCCCUGCACUUUGCCUGCCUCUUUGGUCUUCUACAGGCCCUGGUGCUGGCUGUCAGCCUCCGGGAGCCCAGUGGGGAUGAGGAGGCCACUGACUUGGAGAGCGAGAAGUUGGGGAGGGAGGGUGAGGAGCAGAGGGGAGACCCAGGAAAGGGGCUGUGACCACACAGUGGGAUGUGACCCAGGGUCCCACCCUCAGUGCAGUGGGAGCAAGGGUGAAGAUAGUGUGGGGGCAUGAUCUAGAUUGUAAGCACAGGGACCUCAGGGAUGGGGCAGAAACCCCAGAGUAUGAGGGCACAGAGCCCCCCUUCACACACAGGAGAGCUGUUUAGGGUGUCUGCAUUUAUGGACAAUGGGGGCAUUGCCCUUGAAUUCACCAGCUGUUAAUUUUUGCUUUUACAUUUCUCCCACUUCCUGUUUUUUCCCCCACCUCCACUUUUUAAAAGCCAAAAAAAAAAAAAAAAAAAAAAAACGUGGUGGUGGAGAAUAAGACUAAAGGGUCCUCUCUACCUUUCAAAACUCUCCAGGGGUGGAAGAGACUAGAGGCAGGACAGACAGACCUCUGGGUGGGGUAAGAGGAUGGUUGAGAGACUGAAGGGAUCCCUUGGAUCCUGGGAUCUGUGCUAUCUGGAGAAGAGUGGCACUGCUAGAUGGGUGGAUCGGGGGGUCUGGAUGGGGUUCCCACAGGUGAUGGGGAGCCUGCAGGGAGGAUCUGCGUGUUCCUAGGGGCCAGAGGGAGUGGGGAUGGUGCAGGCAGUGUUGGCAAGAGGGCCAGCUCAGAGGGGCUGGCAGCUCACAGGCAGCAUGGGGAGCACUGGAGUUUGCAGACCCCACUGGGGGUUUGGGUUUGCUCACUCAGCAAUAAAUAACUGUGUCACACCAAAUCCUAAAUAUACCACUACAAAGUGAGAGUUA